AAGUGUUGUUCUUUAUCAGAUAGAGGAAAGUUGAUUUCAAGUACAUAGACAUGAACAUGUGUUUGAAGAUUUAAGAUGUGAUAUUUGUGCCUGUGUUUGCUUGUCAAAAAUCUUGUAGGAACUGUCCACGUGAAUUCAAGAUCUCAAGUGGUUGACAUACAUGUAUGUCUAAGAUUUGUUAUGAACGAGGAGACUUAAAGGGACCUUUUCAUGUUUUAAUAAAUUGACGAUUGAAAAAAAAAGUUUCACAAUAAAAUUUUGCAAAUUUUGGUUGUAGUAAUUUGCAAGGAAACGGUAACUAUAACUGAGCAUUUAUCAUGCGCUAAAAUGUCCAUUUUACGCAUAUUUUACUUUGUAUUAGAGGAUUGACUAUAAUUAUAAAGUAUACAUUUCAUGCACUUUAAUGACAGCACUGAUGGCCUAGUGGUAUAAGUGGUAGACUUUUCCUUCAACGAACAAUUUGAUAUUGAAUAUUAAAUUUGACAUGUCUGAGAGGGAUAAGCACUUGAGCAUUUAAAAAUAUGUGACACGGAACAAUUUGAUAUUAAAUUUGACCUCAUAUUAAUGGAUCAUGGAGACAGUCAGGGUGUGAUUGUUUUAAGUUUGGGAUAACCGCCAAACCGGUUGAAUUGCCAGUUGGUGGAAUAAAAACAUGAUUUAUUUGAAGACUGGUGCACUUUGAAGCCUUUAAUCAAAGCCUAUCUGCAUGGAAAUUACAGUGUGUUAACAUCUGGCAGAAGAACAGAAAGAAAUUUGUUUUUAAUGUUCUACUUGUGAACCCUGAGGACCAUGUCUCGGAUAUUCAGAUCAUUGAGGAAAGAGCACCUGUCUCGUGAGGUCGAGCAUGAGAAGAUGCUACGACUGGAGGCUGAGCGCAGGCUGCAUGAGAUGACUCGGGAAAACGAGGCCUGCCACUCCAGACUCGAAAACCUGCAGGCCGAGUUUCUCAGGAUGGAGAGUGUGGUCCAGGACAUGCGCCAGUACAAGUCCAAAAUUGAUCAGCUACGCCAUGAGAAGACCAGCCUCAGUUCCACUUAUGAGACCAAUCUACAGAAGUUCAAAGGUCACAUCACGGAUUUGGAGCGUGAAAACAUGGUCCUGCUGAAUGAAGUUAAGAAACUCGAGUCUCAGAUGAGUUCAAAAGCCGGGAGCCAGGACCGGUACCGUCUGCUUCUGGAGCGACUGAAAAUGGUCGAAACAGAGAACUCCUCCCUUGUGCUAGAGAACGAGCAGCAGCGAGGCCAGUACGAGAAAUGUCUCGACGAGAUUGCAAACCAGGUGGUUCAGGCAUUGCUAGCGCAGAAGAUGUUACGUGAGGAAUGUGUGCAGCUCCAAGAGCGUGUCCAGGAACUUGAGUCCCAGAAUAAGCACCUGUGUAUCGCCUACAGUGCUAGAGUACAUUCGGGCUCGGACUCAAAUUCUCAGGAUGGAGGGGUGUUUGUGGCGGGCAGUCUCGAUUCCCUGCACAGCAUGUUCAGUGAACAGACUGCAGACGGUACUGGCGGUCAUCAGAUGAGUUCACCGCCACCAUGGUUACAAGACCGUUUGCCAGGAGACAGACAUAGCCUCGUUUCCUUCACGGGCAGCGUAAUGUCCACACCAGACAUGGACACUGAAAUCAUUGCUGGAAAAGACAAAUCGAGAAAGUUCAAAUGUCGAACAGAAAUAGAGACAGAAUUCCCAGCUACUCCUUCCAGCCCCAAGUCAAAGCACGUCAGCAUAAUGGAGCGAACCAAUGACACAAAACGGAGCUCAUCAACGUCAUCCUUGUUGCCAUUGAAAGUUGGACCAAAUCGACAAAGAACUCGAUCUACCUCUUCGCUCACGCGAGCGCAUGGUUUGACUUCUGCACAAACCGCGGAUAACGGGUCACAUGAUUCAGGGCAUUCUACGAUGGACAAAUCAACGACCAAUCAGACAUCGCAAGUAGUAUUCAAUCAGGGUAUUUCAACAAGCUCAAUGUCUUCUUCUGGCAAUCAACGUCAAACUUCUAUGCUACAAGUGCCUAAAGAUUAUUCAUCAUCUUUUGCAAAUUCUCAGGGUCAGAUGCAAACUUCACAGACAUCAAUUUCAUCAUCAUCAUCGUCCUCAUCAGUUUUUAUGACGUCCUCAAAAAUUCCUGUUUUGCCUGUCGGUUCAACGAAAGAAGACCUCCAAUUACGAAGGAAUUCUUUGAAAGCAGAAUACAGCAUUAGACUCGGUAGUCAGACAGCAGUGACAUCAAAUACUCCGUCUCCGAAACCGAGCAUUCCCACUUUGCGACCUCCACGACCUUCGUCUCAAGGUCAGCGGUCAAUUGGAGGUCAAGGUAACACACAGUCAAGGCCACCAUCUGCCUCGGGAAGGUCACAGUCUGCAGGUUCAAAGAUUCCGUCUGUGUUUUCAAAGCCGGCUAGAACAUCAUCCAAAGAGAAUGUUUCAAAAUUAAAAAGUACAUCGGAAAGUGCAAAGCCAGUAACAAACUCAAAAUCAGGAUCAAACUCCAAGCCAUUGACGAAUGUGAGCUCAACUAUGAACACAGGGUCUGAGAAAUAUAAGUGUGCUACGACAUCUUUGGCCUCGAAAUUAAUUCCACCCAAAUCACCAAUAAUGAAACAUAGUGGUAUAAAAACUAGUUUAAAAAGCCCACCCCCCGGGAUACUUUUGUUAGAACAGGAUAGUAAGUCUACAAAUUCUACAGCAAUACAAAACGCACAGGCUGCCUUGAAGAGUGUUUACUGUAUAAAAUCUGUACCUCCUGCAGGAGAGUCCAAAAGUUGCAAACAAGAAAGUGCUAAACCAGCACUCCCCGUUCGUGGGUAUAAACCAGUUCAUUCACAUUUUCCAAUAAUGGGCCUUAACACAUUGAAUCAUACCAGUCCAAAAUCGGAAGAAAGUGCAACACAAAUUUAUGAAAAUGUUCAAACCCCAGUCAACUGUGUUUCUCCAAAUGACAAUCAGUGUACUUUUAAAAGUACAACAGAUGCCCAUGUUUCAAAUAAGUCUGUCGUGAUAACUAAUGUUAGUAUUGUUAGUCAGUCUGGGCCGCUAAAUUAUGCGGCAGUGUCUGGGCGAUUUACAGGAAAUUUUAUUGACACUGAAACGUGCAUGGCAAAAAAGCCGAAUUACUUUUAUGACUACAGUGACGAAGACAGUGAUUGUCCCGUAACUCGGUCACCGUCAAAAGACUUCGGCUCGGUAUCCACGAUUUCAUUAGAAGAGCUGCUUGAUCGAACUCUUGAAAAUAUGGAUACGCCAAAUGGUAGUGAAUUCAGUUCAGGAUAUCUUGCGUAUAAUUCUACUCAAAUGCUUACAGAAUCCGUGACUAGUGACAAUUCCUCGGACGUCACGUUGUUAAAAAAUUAUGAAGUUGUGAAAUCUGCUGAUAAUACAAAUACUCUUUCUUCAAGUAAUUUCGGAGAAAAUGUGCCCAGCAAUAUUUUCUCUGCUAGCCAAAAUGUUGGAAACAACUUAGGUGGAAAACCAGAUAUUGUGAAAGACACGGAACAUAGUCAGCAAAAGAAUUUACAAAAGAACAUACCGGUUUCUGAAAUACCUGGCUCAUCGUUGCCGGGUUACAGAGCAAAACGACCUAAGUCGCUGAUUCUGGGGUCGAAAGAGAAGAAGUUUUUGUACUGUGAGUAUGGCUCUUCCUCGGGAUCGGAUUCGUCUGAAAACGAACACUUGAGCUGCAAGGUUUCGUACGCUAAAAAUGUUAAGGAGCAAGAAAUUCAGUCAAAAGUCUCAAAGUGUGUUAAAAAUGGACAGGCAAAAGUUAUCGAAUCCCCAAAAAGUGCAAAAUCUACUUUGAAAUGUGCCUCUAAUGUGCCAGAAGUAAAAAAUGAAAAAGACGAUAAAGUGCAAUCGCUCAUUUCUAAACCAAGUGCCAUAAAAAAGCCUUCCAAAAUACCUCCGCCAGUUGCAAGUAAACCGGUUUCUAAAAUGUCUUCCAUUCCCAAAAUAGCACCUAGUACCAGCAUACAAAGGCCAAAGUCGGUAGAAAUGGUAGUAAAUACAGCAUUGACCACUCAUAAAUCAAAGCUUUCUGGGUAUUUCGAAAGUCCAAACCCAAAAGAUUUAACCAAAGCAGAAUCUGAGCACUCUAUCAGCUCAAAAAUGAAAUUAUCGUCAAGUGACCUGAACUCAAAUACGACCUUCGAGGAUAUCAAGGUUGAGAGAUCAGGGAGCAAGGAUGAUGGAUAUUCGACCAUGUCGAGCGAUAUUCAACCGGAGAUGCUUGAAAAAUACUCGGAUGCUUUUGACAGCUCAACAAACAGUAACGAGGCUCGAAACUCGAACCUCAGCUUGAGUUCCCAGAAUUCCUACUCCAGCGAGGAUCGACUAAGUGGACACGGCUCGUUAGGGCGUGUAAAAGCCAUGAAACUUAAGUUCGAACUCGAGAACCAAAGAUCUGACACUGAGGUGUCUCCGACUAAAUCUCCACCUCUUUCGCCAGCCAAGUCUUUAUUGAAAUCUCCAAAACCAGUUUCUGAAAAGUUUAACUGUAAAGAAGAGCAAAUCAAGGUGUCCGAACACAAGCCGGGAUCUAAUCUGAGCAAACUCCAAAAACCUAAAUCCGGCAUAGCUGUUUUAAAGGAAAACACUUACCUUCUUACCAAACAGAAAUGUGCCAUACCGGUUCCAGCCGGGUCUACAAAACCACCCACUACCAAACUGUCGCACAAAGUUGAAAUAAACAUUGAGCCCAAAGUGGAAAUGGCGCCAAAGGAAGUUUUAAGCCCACAAUCAGCGCAAAGAAAGAGCUUCCCCAUCACCAACCCUAACUACGUCACCAGCACUCCCGUCCGCCAAGUCUCGCUAGAAUCACCAACCACACCAAAACUGUCUCCCAUUCAGCCAAAUAUUUCUCCUCCGCACAUAAUUAACCAUUUGGUGCCUACCAAUGGCUAUGUUGACCAGUUUGAUAAACUGACUUUCUUUGAAAACAUAGAACUGCUGAAGGAUUCAAAUUUCGAUAGCAACGGUUCUCUAUCUGACAGAGCGUCCGAUCUGACGUCACUCCAUAUCUCCGAAGACAACAUGUUGUCUGACAUCCCUGAAGAAAAAGAUGGUUAUGAAAGUUCCCUCGGAGUAAUGAGCGAAAAUACUUCCUUCUCAAGCCUGCCUACGGUCAACAUGGUCAAGAAAUCACCUCAACACACGCAAACGCAUACAAAUGCACACCACAACGCCCAAAGGCACCAAUUCACUCAUACACUUAAACGUUACUGGUCGUCUUGCUCAGGAAUCGUUCGUGCUGCAACCAUAUUCGACUACGAGAAACAGAAAAAGACAAAAGAAACUGCAGAUUACGAAGAGCUUUAUGGGGGCUGUCUAAAUAUAGAAACCCUCCUGGAAAGGGCGUCCUCUGAGUCGGACAUGUACACACGGGGAGAUAAACCUCUCGUGAACUUGUUGCCACGGUUACAUAGGUCAUUGAGUGCAGACAACAUCCGUAUUGACGAGAUUGCGGUGGAAGAGAGAGUGCAAGCCAUCCUGAAGCAAUUUGUUUUGACGCAGAUCAGUCAAAAUGUCGAGAGUGCUGAUCGUGAUGGCGAGUCUUUCACGAGUUUUGUUGAGCUGCUCAUCAAACGGGGCCACGUCAUGGAACCUCUGACUCCUAAACACGAGAACGAUAUAUCCACCUCUAAUUUUUCCUCAAAGGGCAAUAACUCUUGCUCAAAUACUUUCGCAUCUGAGGAGAGAACUGAGAUGGAGUUGCCACCCUUGGGUGAAGAUCAGAAACGGUUCAACAGCCAGUUCUACAGCCUCUGUAAUACCGGAUCUAACCGGAGUAUUUCGGAUAAAACUGACAGCGGCUGUAAUGACAUGCAAGAUCAAACUGGUGAGAACAAAAGUGCUGAAAGUGUUAACCUGAACAGUGCCAAAUCGUUGGUUCAUACUUGCCAUAAAGGUGAUAGAUUGCAUUGUAAAAAAUGCGAGCAUAAAAGAAAUAUUGCAGACUUUGAUCAUAUUUCGAAAAAGAUUGAAUCAUUAUCAAAGACUGUGAACGAGUUGCACAGAAGUUUAUCUAGUCUAAACAGUGAAAACUCUGAGGCCAGUUGCUCAGAAUCAAAUGAAGGUGAUUUUCCACCACAAAAUGCAAUCGGAAAUAAGGACAUCGAUGGCUAUGCAUGGGUGGAGGACGAAUUUUUCUUGUCUCCCUAUGACGGUGAAAUAAUUCUAGGAAGUUCACCUUUUUCGAAGACGGGAGCAUCUUGUGAUUGGAUGGACAACUAUGUGGAGGAUGCUGAUAAUUUGGAAGAGGUCGGAGGUCAGGAGGCGCCUCUCGAUGAUUCAGUUUUUGAACUUCCUGAGAUGGUUGACCCAGUGUCUGAAAGUAAAACGUCUAAAGAUAUCAGAUCACAUAAUGAAAAGUUCGCCCAAACAAGGCGCUCGAUUAUUUCUGACUGCGUGGAUGAUCAGGGAAACUUUGACUCAGAGAGUUUUAUCUCGCAAAGGCUUCAUCAGGAAGAGGCAAGACUAAAGUCUGAAGAUACUAGGGCCAAACUUUUGCAGUUUUCACAAGACAUGGAUAUUUCGGUUCCCAUUCAGAAUCUGAGGUCAUCAAUGGCCUGUUCAGGUUUGAGGUCACGACCUUUGCCUCAUGGCAGCCAUCAAGCGUCAGUCGAACACGAUGAUGUUACAGAUAAACACAUGUACGAUUCAGUCUACCCUUUUGAUGUUCAACCACUGACACGUUCUGGCAGCCAGGACAGUAUGGAUGACAACAUCGGUGUUGACAACGUGAUGUGCCAUAGACUGCUCGGAGGCAAGGGUUCCAACACUCCUGUACAAAGGUCAGCUCUUGAAUUCACCAACAGUCAGUUUCUGCGGUACGAAGACCCAGAGAAACAAGCCAUUGCUGCCUUUGAUUUCCUACAUGAAAUGACGUCAUCAGUGACAUCACACGCGUCUGACCAAUCCCAGAAGCAGUCUCAAGAUCAGCAAAAUAGUAAAUCAUCAAAUGAGAUUAAAAAGUCCAGAAUCCCUCUGAAUUUUAGAACACAUAAGGGCCAGUUAGCGAGCAUGAACCAGUCAACGACUUCUACAGAUGAUCAGCUAUCACCAGUAAAAAGACAACGAAGAAAAGUGAAACGUGGCAAAAAAGAAACGGGUAAUUCAAGGUUCCCGGGAAAAGUGAAAGCAAGGAAAUGUUCGUCAACUUCAAACGAUGAAUCGAAUGAUGCGUCAGCUACAGAUUCGUCUUCCGAAGAAGAAAUUGUUUCUCCAAAACAUAAGUUGUCUUCAAAAAUGACAUAUUUGUAAAUUCAAAAUAUAUUAAUCACAGACAUGUAUUAUUUAUAGCGGCACGUUCAUGUAUUGAAAUCAAAACUUCAUGAUAUAACCUUCAACGUACAAAAUAUUUAUGCAAAAAGACAAGCGGAAACAUCUAACUGAGUUUAUUUCAUAAUAUAGGCUUUCACCAUAUAGAUCUAAUAUGCAGAUUUUGUUUCAUAAUGAAUAUCUAUAAAUGAGUCUCGCUCUGGAAAAAAUGGGGCUUAAUGCACGAGCGUUUACUGUCGUCCCAGAUUAGCCUGUACAGCCCGUGGAGGAUAAUCAAGGACGAUACAUCGUGCCAAAAUUAUUUUAUGUCCCCCAGUCUAUAUUAGGGGACAUAUUGUUUUUACCCUGUCUGUUUGUUUGUUGGUUUGUUUGUUUGCGUCAAACUUCAACAUUGGCUCAUGAAGCUGCACAUUUUGAAUGGUGAAAGGUCAAGGUCAUCCUUAAAGGUCAAAUGUCAAAUAUAUGGUGUGGACAUAGUGUUUCACAAUCACAUCUUGUUUUGCUAAGAAGAGACUUCCUUUAAACGACAAAUGUAAUUAUGGCAGAAGUAACGUCACUGAUUAGCCCUUACAGUGCGGGAACCGAGUUGUGAAGGCCUUUGCAAACAGUUUGGAUCCAGAUGAGACGCCACAGAACGUGGCGUCUCAUCUGGAUCCAAACUGUUUGCUAUUCUGAUAGUAUUCUUUGAAAAAAAAUCGAAGAAAAUGCUAAUUUUAGAAAUUUAGCAGACGACAUUUUAGCAGACGACAAAUUUCCCAGCAUGCAAAGGGUUAGCGGACUAUGCAAGGCUCAUACUCGAUGUAAAUACUGAGUGCUUUUUAAUGUUUACAGUAUGCAUAAUGUUUUAAUAAGGUAUUGAUGCACCUAUCUUUCGUUAUAGCAGCUGAAAUAGAACGUAUUAUUAUUUUACAAACAACGACUAUUAUACAUAAAUGAACAGACUGGUCUGAAGUCAUUGAUGGAAUUGAAACAACACUCACAAUGAUAUAUAAAUUUACCAUACUUUGUUGUGAAAUAUAAAUAUCUGCAGGUGGUUUUACUAGUGUAUAUGUUGUAAUAUACAAAUUCUGAGAUAUCUCUUAAGUUUCUUUUUCUUAUUUAAUUUCAUUGUUCAUAACAUCCAAAUACAUACAUAUUUUUAUACAAAAUUGUCAUGUUUAAUUUGAAUUUAAAACUUCCAAAAGAUUCAGGUACAUUUGUUAUAUAUAACUAUGAAUAAAAACUUGACAUCUUUCGAAAACUACACACACAUCUUUUUUGUCUUAUAUAUAGUUUUAUCUUUUAAUAAAUGCAUGCUAAGAAUUCUAUGAAUAUUAUAUGUACAAACUCAGUGGAUUUUUAGACACAGGUUGUUUACAAUAAUAGUAUAAUAAUAAUGGUUAUGGAUUUUGGUUGCAUUUUUCUUUCUUGAACACUUAAUUGUCUUACCUUAGUUUCAGAAGGUUAUAGGGAUUUUUGUGAUGUGUUAGGAGAACCAACGUAUGAUAUGCAGGCGCAUUCAUAAUUUCGUUAAAUGUAGUUUUAUGAUAAAAAAGAAAAUGAUUUUAAGGUAAUUAUCGUUAAAUCUCAAUUGUUUGCUAAAUUAUUAUUGUUUAGCAGUUAAAUGAAGCGUUUGAACUUUUUUAAAUUAUGAUUCCGUUAAUGUUUUAUAUACGUUUUUCUGUAUUUAUUUAUUAAAUGUUGACUGUAUUUAUUAAAUCUGAGUGCGUAAACGUGAAUAUUGUGCGGCUUAGACUAUAGCAUUGUUCAUAAAUAAAAUUGGAAAUAAUG